GGUUUCUGGAAGACCAGAAGCAACUCCAGUCUAUGAACUGCCUGAGCAUUCUGAUCAGUCGAGCGCAGAAAGCGAUUCGGAGGCUGAGGUGGAGCAGGUCUCUGUGUAUCGUAAGCUCCUGGCUACCCUGGAGACCUCUCCCCAGCCUGAGAGUGAGGAAGAGGAAGAUGAAAGUGAAUCAGAAGAAGCUGGGGAAGGCAAGACAGGACUGGACAGCGAGGGGUCCCAGGAGGCUGGAGAAGAAGAGGAGGGUGAUGCAGCAGAGCAGGAGGAAGCUACAGACACAGCAGAGCAGCUGCUUGCCCAGGAGCAGGCUGAUGGCACAGAUACCUCUUGUCACCCGAGUCAUGGAGUAACUGAGGAGUUCACUGAUGUGAAACACGAAUCUGAAUUUAGCUUGGAAACCAAUUUCAUGGAAGAGGAGAGUGGAGAUUGCAAUGCAGACGGGAGAGACAGGGAUUCUUCACAAGCUUUUUCAGAAGAUCCAUUUAAACAGCACAUGGACAGAGAGCUUGAAGAGAAAGAAGUAGAAAAAAUGUCUGCGCUUUGUAAAACUUCAAGUCAAAGCAAGUGGCCAAGGCUGGGCCAACUGACUUUUUCUUCCACUUUGGAGAAACACAAAGCUUUGAAAGCAGACAAAGAAGUUGAUGUGAAACAGCUUUAUCUUCACAAGCCUUUAGAAUCCACUUGGCCAAAAGUGAAUAAACAAUUUCUGUCCUCGAUGAGCAAAGCAAGCGACCCCUGCUUUACCCCCUUACAAAGAGAGCUCUUCUGUAUCAUGAACACAUACCGGGACUUGUUCUAUCCAGAGAGGAAUGCUCUGACAAAUGGAGAAGAAAUUCGGCACGCCUACUGCUUGCAUGCCUUGAACCAUGUUCUGAAGGCAAAUGCCCAGGUGCUCAGCAACAACACCAAACGAAGAAACCAGAAGCCAGGGACUGACAGUGAUGACUACAGGGAUCAGGGACUCACCAGGCCAAAGGUACUGAUGAUAGUGCCCUUCAGAGAAUGUGCUUUGAGAAUUGUGCAUAUUUUCAUCAGUCUUCUUGAAGUGAAUGACAAAAGAAAAAUAGAUGUAAGUAAUAAAAAGCGUUUCAAAGGGGAGUAUGGGUCUGACCCAGAAGAGAAGCCCCCCAGCCUGAAAAGACCUGAAGAUUAUGAAGCCAUCUUUGCUGGCAACAUUGAUGAUCACUUCAGAAUUGGGGUUGCAGUUCUUCAGAAGAGCAUGAGACUCUAUGCACCCUUCUACUCAUCGGAUAUCAUCAUUGCAUCUCCCCUGGGCAUGAGGACCAUUAUUGGCACAGAGGGGGAGAAGAAGAGAGAUUUUGAUUUUCUGUCAUCAAUAGAAAUUCUCAUAAUUGAUCAAGCAGAUAUUUACCUGAUGCAGAACUGGGAACACGUUCUGCACCUGAUGAAGCACAUGAACCUGCUGCCUCUGGAUUCCCACGGGGUGGACUUCUCCCGAGUGAGGAUGCUGAAUCUCAACAACUGGUCCCGGUACUACCGCCAGACACUGCUCUUCAGCAGCCUUCAGGAUCCCCAGCUUAGCUCUGUCUUCAACAAACACUGCUUCAAUUACGUGGGACAGGUGGCCGUCCGUAACGUGCCGCUCAGUGGCUCCAUUAGCCAGGUCGUGGUCCAGCUUCCUCAUGUUUUUCGGAGGCUAGAAGCUGAAGAUGUGACUUCUGUCAUAGAUGCAAGGUUUCAGUUUUUCACGGGCAAAGUGCUGCCCGAGUACCGCGACGCCGUCAUGGCGCACACGCUCCUCUACGUCCCCUCCUACUUCGACUACGUGCGGCUCCGGAACUACUUCAAGAAGGAGGAGCUGAGCUUUGCUCACGUCUGUGAGUACACCAAGAAGGGCCCUGUCUGCAGGGCACGGCGCCUUUUCCUCCAGGGCGAGAAGCAGUUUUUGCUGUUCACGGAGCGCUUCCACUUUUACAAAAGGUAUAUGAUAAAAGGCAUUAGAAACCUCAUUUUCUAUGAGUUACCAACCUACUCCCACUUCUACAGUGAGAUUUGUAAUAUGAUGAAGGCCACAGAGAAUGGAGUGGAUGCUACCUGGACCUGUACUGUGCUCUACUCCAAGUAUGAUGCUCAGAAAUUGGCUGCAGUGGUUGGCAUAGAUCGCACAGCUCAAAUGCUACAGUCCAAGAAAAAUGUGCACCUCUUUGUUACAGGAGAAAAUGAAUAA